AUGGUCUCGCCAAAGGAUCUCAGCUUCGGUCUGUCGACAACAUGGGUCGGCCUCCUGGGCUAUCUGAUUCUGGGUAAAAUCGCGCACGACCUCGUCUUAGCCGUCUACAGGAUCUACUUCCACCCGCUUCGGCGGUUUCCUGGCUCCAAACUCGCCGUCGCCUCGUACUGGUACGAGACGUACCACGACGUCUUCAAGGGCCACCAGUACGUCUGGAAAAUCAAGGAGAUGCACGAAAAAUACGGGCCCGUCAUCCGCACCAACCCGGACGACGUGCACAUCCACGACCCGGACUUCUUCGACACCCUGUACGGCCUGAAGUUGGACAAGUGGGCGUGGUGGACGCGAGGGUUCGCGGUGCCCACGGCCGGCGGCAUGACGGUUGAGCACGAGAUCCACCGCAAGCGGCGAGGAGCGCUGAACCCGUUCUUCUCCAAGGCCAGCAUCGUCGCCAACAUGCCCGUCAUUCAGGAGAAACUGGCCGUCAUGUGCGACCGACUGGACAAGAUCAAGGGGAGUCGGGAGGUGCUGGACCUCGAGGCCGUGUAUCUGGCCUUGACCACCGACGUCCUCACGCAGUGCUCGUACGGCUGGACGUACGACUACAUCCACCACCCGGAAUGGGCCAUGACGUGGAAACUCGUCAACACGGGCGGGCGGGCCUCGGCGGCGAUCGUGCGCUCGUUCCCGCUGAUCGGCGCCGUCGUGCGCUCGAUGCCCCUGUCCGUGGCCAUCAAGCUCGUCCCACCCGUGGGGUUCAUGAAAUCGUGGAUGCAGCGCGUCGGCGUCCAGGUGAAGAAGAUCAAGUCGGACCCGGAGACGAUGCGGGCCAUCAGGACGGAAAAGCGGCGCAAGGACACCAUCUUCGCGCAGAUCCUGUCGAGCGACCUGCCCGAGGAGGAGCUGAGCGACGAGCGCCUGGUCGACGAGGGCGUCUUGAUCGCCACGGCGGGCUCCGAGACCACGGCCUGGGCCGUCACCAUCACCACGUACCACGUCAUGAAGAACCCGGACGUGCUGGCCAAGAUGCGCGCCGAACUCGCCCGGGUCGAGGUCCCGCCCGGCGACCCCGUCGCGCCCUGGACGUCGCUGGAGAAGCUGCCCUACCUGACCGCCGUCAUCAAGGAGGGCGUCCGCAUGGCCGGGGGGAUGCUGUCCCGCCUGCCCCGGAUCUACGACCGGCCCAUCCAGUACAAGGAGUGGACCAUCCCCGCCGGCACGCCCGUGGCCAUGACGCCGCACCUGGUCCUCAUCGACGAGAACAUCUUCCCCCAACCCCGCAAGUUCGACCCCGAGAGGUGGCUGGACGACGACGCCGUCGCCGAGGGCAGGACCACAAGUCGUCUGGACAGGUACAUUGUCGCGUUCGGCAAGGGUUCCCGGAACUGUAUUGGUAUGCACUUGGCAUAUGCGCAGCUGUACAUGUCCAUCGCCGCCGUCGUGAUGAGAUAUAACCUGGAAAUGUACCAGACGGACGACAGCGAUGCCACGCCAACGAGAGAUCUGUUCACGGCCGGCGUGAAGCUAGAUAGUCAAGGCAUCAGGGUUAUUGUGCAUGACAAGGACGAGAAGAUGUGA